GUUGCAUUAACUUCAUAUCUAUUUUUUCAGUCCAAUUUGCUACCUGUAACCAUUAUUUGUAGCUCAGUGAUUGAAUCCAUCUUAUAACAACAUAGAAACCGUCCAUAACAACAUUGGAAAUGUAUAAGCCAAUAAAGUCACAGAAUGCUCUAAGCUCUUAUCCAAUUGGCUGCUUGGUCUUUUAUGUCAUAAUCACAUCAUGCAACAGUAAGCAGUAUCUAAAGUUACAGUGGUGAGACUGGGAUUUUUUUUUUUUCAAUCUAAAGUUUUUCUCUUUCUCUCUCUAAUAAAACAUCUGAAACUCAAGACAUCUUUAAGAAUUUCUUACAAAACCAUGCUGGGAGACGGUGGGUCUUGUUUUCACCCAGAAGAUUUUAUUUUCUUCCUUGUUUUAAAUUGAUGGUCAACAGAUGUGCAAGCCACAUCUUUCUGUUGGGUUGGUUCUUAAGUCGUUAGGCGAAGAGAGAGAUGACUCUCCUCAAGAUUGGCCCUUGGCACAACAACACUGCAUCUUCCUGGCUUGUGAAAUUCAGUUUUUUUUGGCUGUUUAGUCAGAACUGCUGCGGAGCAAGUGCAGUGUGGACCGCUUUUAUGAACAUAUCAUUUCAUGUUGGGAAUCGCGUGUUGUCAGAGUUGGGGGAGACUGGAGUAUUUGGAAGAAGUUCCGCUUUGAAGAGAGUGACAGGAGUUAUAGUGCCACCAGAGGGAAAAACUCAAAAUGCAUGCAAUCCCAAUACCAGUUUUAGCAGAUCACAGAACUCGGAGCCGUGGCUGGCACUCAUUGAACGGGGCGGUUGUACCUUCACACAGAAAAUUAAGGUGGCAACUGAGAAGGGAGCCAGUGGAGUGAUCAUCUAUAACUUUCCGGGAACUGGCAAUCAGGUUUUCCCCAUGUCUCAUCAGGCAUUUGAAGACACCAUUGUAGUGAUGAUUGGUAACUUAAAAGGCACAGAAAUUUUGCAUUUAAUUCAGAAGGGAUUUCAUGUUACAGCCAUGGUUGCGGUGGGGAGAAAACACAUCAUCUGGAUGAAUCACUACUUUGUCUCCUUUAUGAUCGUCACAACCGCGACUUUAGCAUAUUUCAUCUUUUAUCACAUAAGAAGACUUUGGGUAGCAAGGAUUCAGCACAGGAGAUGGCAGCGAUUAACAACAGACCUCAAGAAAGCUUUUGGCCAACUCCAACUUAGGGUAUUAAAAGAGGGGGAUGAGGAAUUAAAUCCAAAUGGAGAUAGCUGUGUAGUUUGUUUUGAACCCUAUAAGCCUAAUGAUACGAUUCGUAUUCUGACUUGUAAACACUUUUUCCACAAGAAUUGCAUUGACCCCUGGAUUCUAGCCCAUGGCACGUGCCCCAUGUGCAAAUGUGACAUUCUUAAAGCUUUGGGAAUUCAUGUGGAUAUUGAAGAUGGAACAGAAUCUUUGCAAGUUCUAAUGUCAAACGAAAUACCAGAAACCCUAUCACCUAGGGACGAGGAGACAAAUCAUGAGCCUCCUCCUGCAAGAACAUCAGAAAAAGUGACCCAUGUGGAGGAGUACCCUGCUUCUCCAAAUAAUGCCAGCCAGCCUAAUUUAGUACUAGAAACUGUACAUCCCUCGCCUUGACAGCAUGACCUUUGAGGAAGUGGAUUAAACCUGUUUGUCAAAUCAGGUGCUAAUACUGACAAGCAGUUUGUCUGUUUGAA